AUGGAUUGCAUUUAUAUAGUGCAUUUUUUCCACUCCCUCCAGAACUCAAAGCACUUUACAGUUUGCCUCACAUUCACCCAUUAGUGGCAGAGGCUGUCAGGCCUGCUCUCCAGGAGCAGUUUGAGGUUUAGUGUCUUGCUCAAGGACACUUCAAUGGGUUCGGGAGGAACCGGGGCUCAAACCUACAAUCCUCCAGUUGCCAAACAGCAGCACUACCUCCUGUGCCACCAUUGCCGCAGGAUAGGAAAGAACAUGAAUCUGGUAAAGACCCUGAGGAGACUUUGAGUGUAAAUUAUGAAUGCAGCAGAUCAAAUGUGAUUUCUACGGGUCUGCAAAGGUUCUGGCCCCCAAGAAUGUGAGCCAGCUGAGGUCUAUUCUUACUCUUCUAAACUACUGUGGGAAAUUCAUUCCACAGCUGGAUAGACUGAUAAAGCCUGUGAUGAGCCCCAUCUUGGGUUGUUCCACGCCUUGCACCUGUAGCCUCUGGGAUAGGCUCCGCACCUGUGACCCUGAAUAGGAUAAGUGGCUUCAGAAAAUGGAUGGAUGGACAGACCGCUAAAGCCUCUGCAUGAGCAGAGAGCAAAUCUGGAGAGCAAAUCGUGGUCGGGGUCAGAUGAGUGUGAGGCUGUGACCACAUGGUGCUAAUGAGCUAAAGGGUAUUGGUACAUUAUGACCCAUCUUUGCCACUCCGACUCGCCUGCAUUGACUCCCCAUAUGAAUUAGCAGCCAUGGUGUCCUGCACCAUCAGGAGAAGAGAAACCAAGAGCUUUUGCUUCAAGAAUGUUGAGAAAAACAGAAAUGAAAUAUCAACAAAUUGAGAAAGAGACUCUGGCCAAUAUCACAAUUAAAAAGUUGUACACUUACCUUUCUGGAUGAAGGGUCACCCAACUAACUGUACUGACCAGCUGGAAAAUCACGUAGCACCUGAACCCGCAAUAUAAAUUUCAGGGUGGAGACUCGUAUCCCUGAUUGGACUCUUCCGAUGGAGAACAGACCAGCAGAUCUCCUCCUGAAAAUUAUCCAGCACAUCAACAGGACAACAACCAUGGAAUUCACCCUGCAGGACCGAGUGAAAAGAUGUAAUUCACAUCCACAUAGAGGAGACUUAUCAUCCAUCUUCAAGUUACUGGAGAAAAAAGCUCAAACGUUUCUGAAGGAUGAGCUGAUGAAAUUCAAAAGGUACCUGGAUCAGAAUGACCCAGAAUGCUCUGAGCCUCAGCUGGAGGAGGACAAUGACCUGGACAGUGAUGGUCAGAUGCAGAAGACCUGUGGUAGAGAGGGAGCUCUGAAGAUCACAUUGUACAUUCUGAGGACCAUGGAGCAAAAUGAUCUCGCUGACAUGCUGGAGAAGAGGCAUCUUCCAUUGCAGUGUCAGCAAAGACUCAAAUGUAAUCUGAAGCAGAAAUUUGAGUGUGUAUUUGAAGGGAAAGCUAAGGAAGGACAGCCAACACUUCUCAAAGAGAUUUACACAGAACUCUACAUAACUGAAGGGGGAGCUGGAGGAGUCAGUGAUGAACAUGAAGUGAGACAGAUUGAAACAGCAUCCAAGAAAAGGCUAGCAGAAGAUACUACAGUCAAGUGCAAUGAUAUAUUUAAACCCUUAUAUGGGCGUGUGAAACCUAUCAGAACUGUACUUACUAAAGGGGUCGCAGGUAUCGGGAAAACAGUCUCUGUGCAGAAAGUUAUUCUUGACUGGGCAGAAGGAAAAGCAAACCAGGACAUUCACUUCAUCUUUGCUCUUCCUUUCCGGGACCUGAAUUUGAUUAAGGAUGAAUACAGUCUGAUUGAUCUGCUUCACCACUUUGUUCCAGAACUGAAAUUGCUUGAAUCCACUGAGCUGUGUAGGUACAAGGUUUUGUUGAUCUUUGAUGGUCUGGAUGAGUGUCGCCUUCCUCUAGAUUUUCAGAACAAUGAGAGCUGCUUUGAUGUAACAAAGAAAAUGUCACUGGAUGUGCUGUUGACUAACCUCAUUAAGGGGAAUCUGCUUCCAUCCGCUCUCCUCUGGAUAACAUCCCGGCCAGCAGCAGCCAGUCAGAUACCUCCUGAGUGUGUCCACCAGGUGACAGAGAUACGAGGGUUCAGUGAUGCCCAGAAGGAGGAGUAUUUCAGGAAGAGAUUUAGUGAUCAGAGCCUGGCUAGCAGGAUUAUCACACAUGUGAAAUCAUCAAGGAGCCUCUUCAUCAUGUGCCACAUACCUGUGUUCUGCUCGAUUUCAGCCACUGUCCUUGAAAGGCUUUUUAGUGAGUCUGACAGUGGAGAAAUUCCAAGGACUCUGACUGAAAUGUACACACACUUCCUGAUCUUUCAAGCGAGUUUAAAAAAUGACAAGUAUAUGGAAAACUAUGAAACCAAGCUUAAUAAAUGCUCUAAAUCUGGCAAGGAAUUCCUUUUAAAACUUGGUAAACUGGCUUUUCAUAACCUCAAGAAAGGCAGUCUCAUAUUUUAUAAGCAAGAUCUGACAGAGAAUGGCGUUGAUGUCACAGAGGCUUCAGUUUACUCUGGAGUGUGUACAGAAGUCUUUAAAGAGGAGUAUGGGUUGUACCAGGAGAAGGUGUACUGCUUUGUGCAUCUGAGCAUCCAGGAGUAUCUUGCUGCUUUAUACGUGUUUCUGUCAAACUCAUCAGCUGGCCUGCUGAAGACUGCAGUGGAUGAAGCAUUGAAGAGCAAGAAUGGACAUUUGGACCUCUACCUCCGCUUCCUCCUUGGCCUCUCAACAGACUCCAGUAAGAGUCUGUUACAAAGGCUACUGGGCCAGACAAGAACCAGUUCACAUAACAGUAAGAAAACAGCUCAAUAUAUCAAGGAGAAAAUUCAGGAGAAUUUAUCUGCAGAAAGGACCAUCAACCUGUUCCACUGUAUGAAUGAACUGGGUGACAAUUCUCUAAUAGAGGAAGUACAAAGAUACCUGAGUUCAGGAAGUCUUUCAGCAGCAGACCUCUCACCUGCACAGUGGUCAGCUCUGGCCUUUGUGUUACUGAUGUCAGAUAAGGAGCUGGAUGUGUUUGAUCUGAAGAAAUACAUCAGAUCAGAUGAAGGUCUUCAGAGGCUGCUGCCUGUGAUCAUGAAAUCUAGGACAGCUCUGCUGGACAGCUGUAGACUCACAGAGACAUGCUGUGAAGUGUUGGCUUCAGCUCUCAGAUCAAACUCCUCUCAGCUGAGAGAGCUGGACCUGAGUGACAAUGAUCUGCAGGAUUCAGGGGUGAAGUUGCUCUCUGCUGGACUGGGGGAUUCACACUGUAAACUGGAGAUAUUGAGGCUGUCAGGCUGUAGAGUCACAGAAGAAGGCUGUUCUUCCCUGGCUUCAGCUCUGAGGUCAAACCCCUCACACCUGAGAGAGUUGGACCUGAGCUACAAUCACCCAGGAGACUCAGGAGUGAAGCUGCUCUCUGCUCUACUGGAGGAUCCCAGCUGUAAACUGGAGAAACUGAAUGUGGACCACAGUGGAGAGUGCAGGACCAGACCAGGGUUCUAUAAAUACUCCUGCCAGCUGACGCUGGACCCCAACACAGUGCACAGCCUCCUGUCUCUGUCAGAGGGGAACAGGAAGGUGACACGGGGGGCAGAGCAGCAGCCAUAUCCUGAUCAUCCAGAGAGAUUUGACUGGUGGCCCCAAGUUCUGUGCAGAGAGAGUCUGACUGGUCGCUGUUACUGGGAGGCUGAGUGGAGUGGAAAUGGAGCCUGGAUAGGAGUGACUUAUAAAGAAAUUGGGAGGAAAGAAUGGAGUGAUGACUGUGAGUUUGGAUUCAAUGACAAGUCAUGGAUGCUGAUCUGCUCUCCUGACAGAUACUCUGUCCGGCACAAUUCUAAAGAAAAUGACAUACUCAUACAGCCCUCAGGUUCCUGUAGAGUAGGAGUGUAUCUAGACCAGGUGGCUGGUACUCUGUCCUUCUACAGAGUCUCCUCUGAUGGACUAACCCUCCUGUACAGCUUCACUUCCUCAUUCACUGAACCCCUCUGUCCGGGGUUUUAUGUUCAUACAAACUGUUCCGUGUCCCUGUGCAUGCUGGGAUAGCUCACUGUGUGCUGGAGGAAUCAUUUUUACCUUGUCAGAGUGUCACAUGUUACUGCUUCUCCGUGGCAAAAAGUAAAAUCUCUGCUUUUUAACUAGUAUAACCCUUUUUACUCUAUCUGAAGUGUGACGUAUGUUAGACAAAAAUAAAUGACUGGGUUAGGCAAGCUGAACAAACACAAAAAAUGACUUUUUCUCUCUGAUUAAAAUCUAAUUUAAUCCUGAUGAGUGGGGGGGGGAGCUUUUCCCCUCCCCUUAUAUAUACAUUUUAUAUAUUUCUGUCUAUAUAUUGUAUUUGCUACCUGUACGCUGACAAUAAAGGCUUCCUAU